CGGGAGCCGAGAAUUGGCGCUUGCGCAAAUGUGUCUCCCGUAAAGGGGGAGACGGUUGCCUGUUGGUUGUUGUAGUAACAGGGGAAGCGCCGAGUAGAGGAAUCGCGACUCGCCGGGCCCCAAAGAGGAUGAAGCAGCAGAAUAUAGUACUGGUUAGAUUUUCUGAUUCUACAGUGAAAAUAUUAAGGGUUCAUUGUUUCUGGGCUGUGUGAAAACAUACACAGGAUAUGCCAGUUGGAAUGGCUCGGGAUUUGGAAGAAACGGAUUCAUCUUCAGAGGAAGAGGAAGAAAUGGAAGGGCCAGAGGAGCACCCAUGUAUCAUGUGGACAGGUGGAUUCAGGAGGAUUCCAAUCAUGGUAUUUCAUGCUGAAGCUAUUCUAACCAAGGACAAUUACAUCCGCUUGAUUGGAGAGCGCUAUCACUUGUCUUUUAAAAUUGUGAGAACGGACAGUCGCUUGGUGCGCAGCAUUCUGUCAGCUCAUGGAUUUCGGGAGGUGCAUCCCAGCAGCAAUGAAUAUAAUCUUAUGUGGACAGGGUCACAUUUAAAACCCUAUGUUCUGCGAACUCUCACAGAUAUUCAAAAAGUGAAUCACUUUCCCAGGUCAUAUGAAUUAACUCGGAAGGAUAGACUAUACAAGAACAUUAAUCGAAUGCAACAGAUUUAUGGAUUCAAGACCUUCCAUAUUUUGCCUCAGACCUUCAUCCUUCCAGCUGAAUAUCAGGAGUUUUGCACUUCCUAUUCAAAGGACAGGGGACCUUGGAUAGUAAAACCAGUGGCUUCUUCUAGGGGACGGGGUGUCUAUUUGAUCAAUAAUCCGAAUCAAAUUUCCCUUGAGGAAAACAUCCUGGUCUCCCGUUACAUCAACAAUCCACUUCUCAUAGAUGAUUUCAAAUUUGAUGUGCGGCUUUAUGUUUUGGUGACAUCCUAUGACCCCCUUGUCAUCUAUCUCUAUGAAGAAGGUUUGGCUCGGUUUGCAACUGUGAGAUAUGACCAGGGAUCAAAGAAUAUUAAAAACCAAUUCAUGCAUCUUACAAAUUAUAGUGUCAACAAGAAGAGUGGUGACUAUGUCAGUUGUGAUGAUCCUGAAGUAGAGGAUUAUGGAAACAAAUGGAGUAUGAGUGCAAUGCUGAGAUACCUGAAACAAGAAGGAAAAGAUACAACUGCUUUGAUGGCCAGCGUGGAGGAACUGAUAAUUAAGACAGUAAUUUCAGCUGAAUUGGCUAUUGCAGCAGCCUGUAAAGCCUUUGUCCCACACCGUGGUGUUUGCUUUGAGCUUUAUGGUUUUGAUGUUCUCAUUGAUUCUACUCUCAAGCCUUGGCUGCUGGAGGUGAAUCUGUCCCCUUCCCUGGCCUGUGAUGCUCCUUUGGAUCUGAAAAUUAAAGCUAGCAUGCUUUCAGAUAUGUUCACACUUGUAGGCUUUGUUUGUCAGGAUCCAGGUCAGCGGCUUAAUCGGACAUCUUAUUACUCCUCUGAGAUAAGGAGAAAUCCCUACCAAAAAACUCAACGCCCUGUUUCUGCACAGUCUCGAUCAUCAAAUGCCAAAUUGCGUUCCCGGCCCCUCUCUGCCAGCGACGCUGAGAUGAAAAACCUUAUUCCCUCUGCAAAAGAGAAAGUUGCAGGAAGGCAUGUUGGCUCCAUGCUGGGCCUCUCUAUGGAAGAGAUAAAAGUGUUGCGCCGAGUGAAGGAUGAAUACGAUAGAAGAGGCGGGUUCAUUCGUAUAUUCCCUACACCAUUAACUUGGGAUGUUUAUGGGCCUUUUCUGGAACAUAAGACAACAAUGAACUAUAUGCUGGCUACUCGUCUUUUCCAAGAAAGAGGAAAUUCAAGGAAAGGACCAGUUCCUAGACGAGCUCGGUUAGCUCUUGCUGCUGAACUGGGUCUGGACAUUGUGGAUUGUAACGCUCAACUUCAUGCUGCUUUGUAUGAGCGGAAACUAUUAUCACUAGAGGUUCGAAAACAAAGGCGACGGUUUGGCAAACUGAGACCAGGAAGAUUGGCAAGGUUGUCAGGUACAUCACAAUCAGCUGAUUUUAUCCUCAAGUCAGAAACAGAAUGUGAAGAAGAGGAGGAAAUAGAAGAUGAAGAACUAGAAAUAUGCCAGGGUGAAACCGUCGGCUCUCUCAGAAAUAUGCCAGUGAAAUUUAAGCCACAGUUGACAGAGAUGGUGAAGCCCCCUCACCAAGUCAAAUUACCAAAGGAACCUGAAGAGAAGGCUGCAAAUGAAGGGCCACCUCCUCAAGAGAAACUGGAACCAGUGCCAAAGAAUGCUGAUCCUCCAUUUAAUUUGCUACAGAUUCUGCAAGAGAACAGGAAUCUAAGCAAAGUUCAGGCUCGCAGAGCUUUCUCUGCUUACCUGCAGCGUGUCCAGCUGCGUCUGAUGAAAGAGGCUGGGGAUGAGGUCCACAACCCAGUCUGGGCUGCCAAGGAAGAUGAGCAGAUGGAACUGGUGGUUCGUUUUUUGAAACGAGCAGCCAGUAAUCUUCAACAAUCGUUGAGGAUGCUACUUCCAAGUCGACGCCUGGCUCUCUAUGACCGUAGGCGCAUCUUAGCUCACCAGCUGGGUGAAUUCAUCAUCUGCUAUAACAGGGAAACAGAUCAAAUGUCUCAGAAAAAGUCAAUGAAGAAACAGGAGGAAGAGGAAGAAGAGGGGGUAGAUGGAGAAGGCUUUCAUGAGUUUAUCACUAAGGCAAGUGAAAGUGAUCUUGAGGAGGUACUGACUUUUUACACACAUAAGAAUAAAUCAGCAAGUGUCUUCCUGGGAACAAAUCCUGGAACUACUAAGCAUAGUAAUAGCCAAUUGGAAAACAAGAACAAAGGCAAUCACUCAGAAAAGAUAGGAAAAAAUGAAAAAAAGCAGUCCCAACUUCCAGUGGAGAAAGAAAAUGUGGUAGAGCAGCCGAGAGUUGAGCAACCCAAAGGAACUAGUUUACCCAGUGUUCCUUCUUCAAUGGAAGAUGGAGAGAAUACGCCGCAAUUCAGUGUUCUUAGCACUUCUUCCUUUACUCAUGGUACCACACUCCCACAAAGCAUCAGCAUGCCAUUGUCCUCGCAACCUGCUGCCUGUGAGAAUGUACAGUUGCCUGAUUAUCACUCAACCCCUUCCCUUUCGUCAGGUUCUAAAGCAACAUUUCCCCCUUCUUCUCAAAAUGCAGCACCUGACAACUUGUCUAAUACAGCAAAAAAUGUGUCCCGCCCAUCCUCAAACAGUACAAACUUACACCGUUGUCGGUCUGGCAGUUACACUGUCAGCCCCUUCUCUUCCUUUCAGACUGCCAUGCAAAUCUACAGCCAGAGACUGACCCGACCUUCCUCAGCAAAAGCAGCAGGAUCAAGAAGUCACAGCCCAAGCAGACAGCGUGGUGUAUCUGCCAGAAUGAAUAAGGAUGCAGAAGACAACAAGCGUAAUAAUCAUGAUAUUGCAGCAGAACUUCAGAGAUUGGCAGAGAAGCAGGCAGCUAGACAGUACUCACCGCCCAGUCACAUCAGCCUUCUUACACAACAGCUGACAAAUUUAAAUAUGAUAAAUGGAGCCGUUAAUAAAGUAAAUGCAACUGCUUCCAGUUAUCGUCCACCACUCAACCCAGGAGGUUCAUUUUGGGCUUUUCAAACGCACAGCAGCACUCCUGAUACUAGACCUGCAUCUUUAACACUGAGAUCGCUACAAUCUGACAGUUUUGCCUGGGAAGGGGAUACAGAGAACACCAUACAUAGUAAGUUGAUAGGAAGCCAACCAGUGCAUCCCAAGACCCCGCCAAGCCUCGGCAGCUAUCAGCUCCAUUUUGCCUUGCAGCAGCUCCAACAACAGAAGCUUCAGUCACGGCAGCUUUUGGACCACAGCCGAGCACGGCAUCAGGCUUUGUUUGCCAGCUUCCCACCAUCAAAUAUCAGUUCUGCAUCCAGUCUCAGUUCUACGGCCUUGUCAUCUAAUACUUGUAGCCGCAGAGCAUCAGGUUCCAUUUCUGAAGCCCAGAAUGCAUCUAGUCUGCACAAAGUGAUGUCAUCCCAGAGUGCAUCUUCACAUUUGGUCCCUAAGCCCCCAGUCAAUAUCAGGAAAGUAGCAUCUCAGAGAAUAUCCAAGAUAACCUCUACAGAAAGGCAGCUGAAUGGAUUCCAGAAUAGCCUUAACAGUGCUGCAUCCUGUGAGCCACUUGCAAACUCCACAGCUCCUGUUUGUGAUUAUUUUUUGAAGAAGGAUUCUUCCUAAAUAAUGAACAAACAAUCAGUUCAGUGCUUCAGCAUGCAAGGAGGAAAUGAAGCAGGAAUGACUGUUCAUCAUUCCACGUUCCUGGCUACACCCAGAUUGAUAACAAGAUUUGUCUCAGACUCCAGAAUUUUCCCUUAGGAGAGAAAAACAGCCGAGUGUUUGUGGAAUUAGCAUUCAAGCUCUGACAUGAGGUUUCUACUCCACGGAGCUUUUGCUGCCAAGUCUCAGGGUUUCCUUUGUGUUUUAUAUCACAUCUUCUACCAGAUAGCCUUUAAAUUGUGGUUAUGGCUCAUAAGAUAGAAGUUCUGAGUUGUGUCUAUAUUAUGUAUACCGGGCCCAGAUUUCUCUUUCCAGUUAGACAUUUCGGCUUCCCCUGAGCAUGAUGAAGUUUCUCUACUAGAUGGUGGACACAGUUUGCACAACAUGACUACAGUUAACGCAUGUGAUUAAAAUGAUGACUGAUUAUAGACACUUGUGCUGGAUGCUCUCAAUGUUGGCAAGAAGCCAUAAAAAUUCUCAGUCUGUGAAUAAAGUCAAUCAUUUGUUCGUUUAAUUUAUAAUUUAUUCUCCACAAUUAGUUGACAAUUUAUUCCAGCAUUUUUUCUUGUAUUAUGUUCUUCCUCACAUUUCUUUACAUUUCAUAAGCUGAUAUUCUAAUAACUUGUGUUUCCAAGACUCGGCCCUUUCAUAGAUAAUAUCAUCCUUUAGAUGAUGAAUCUGAACAAAGGUGCUUCAUCGGUUAUCAUUAUAGCUUCAUUUAACACUCUAAAUGCUUUUCAUUUAUUUAUCAGUAAUUCAACUUUUGAAAGAUUUGCAAAGCAAACACAGAACAUUAUCAUUGCAAUUCAGAUG